GUGGCUUCCACCGAUCCGGAUGUCCUAGCUCGUUGUGCUGAAGGCCAAAGCCCUAGCGUCUUUUGGCUCGGAUGCUCCGAUUCGCGUGUUCCUGAAGGCCAAGUCAUCCGUGCUGGGUUAGGGGAAGUGUUCGUACAUCGAAACGUGGCGAAUCUUUUUACCCCGGAUGAUACCUCUGCCACCGCUGCUCUCGCUUAUGCGGUUAACCACCUAAAAGUAUCGCAUGUAGUCGUAGUAGGCCACGAGAAAUGCGGAGGCUGCGCAGCAGCCCUAUCUGUAGCCCAAACCAAACCAGUAUCUACGACCGAUGAUAUCGGAGAACAAGCCAUCGCCAAAUGGAUCGAACCCAUUCGAGCCAUCGCGGCAAAGCAUCUCGAAAAAACACCAGGCGUCGAACUCAGUACGAUUGUGCACUCUAAUGUCUGCGCUCAAGUCUCUAACGUGGUGAAUCACUCGGUAUUGAAGAAAGCUUGGGCUCGUGGUCAAGCAGUCAGCGUUCACGGUUGGGUUUACGAUCUCGCCACAGGAAAACUCAACGACUUAGGAGUCACC